AUGGUGUUUGGUCUACUCGGCAACUUAAUGGUUGUUACUGUAUUAAAUUUGUAUCAGAACAAUCGUUGGACGCCUUCCACAAUCAUCUUAAGAAGUCUUGCUGUCUCUGAUAUCUUAGUUAUUACGAUCGUACAGCCAUUAUAUGUAUACUCACUUUUCUAUACAUUAAAUACAAAUUUUGUGGAACUUGUGAAAGCAUCCCGAUGGGCCUUGGUUGUUGCUUCAUUGCUUCAUCUUCUAAUUGUAUCAGUGGAUCGUUUCCUUGCGAUAUGUAAACCAAAUCUGUAUCAUCAAAAACUAAAACACUCCUGUGGUUGGUGUGUUGUAUUUUUGUUUAUAGUUUGGUGUUUCACGCUAGCUCAAGGAACUGCACUAACACUGGUUUCUAGAUCAUUAACGCGUUUGAUUCACGGGCUAGUUGGCAUCCUCUGUUUCCUCGUAAUGAUUACUUUGAUCUUCAUUCAUAUUCGAUUGUUUUUCGUCGCGUCAAAACACCGCAAAAGAAUUGAGAAAGAAUUAAAAGCAGUCAAAGUACUUAAGACUCAGUCGAUUAAAAAUGAAGAUGCAGUCAGUCGUAACUCACACGAGAAGAAUAAAACGUAUUGGAAACAAAAUGUGACAUUUUUUCGAGAACUAAAAGCGUUUAAAACGACAUCGGUCAUUUGUGGAGCAUUUCUAUUUUCCUGGCUUCCUCUGCAAGUUAUGGGCUUAAUCUACAUGACGACACAAAAUGUGAACGAGAAAGAAACAUUGUUAAACAUUUUCCCUUAUGUUAACACUUUGGCCUUUUUAAAUUCUGCACAAAAUCCUUUUAUAUAUUCUGUUAAUACUCGCAUUUUCCGAGAAUCUCCUCGAACAAUCACGGGUCGUGUUCGCUCGUUACUGAAGUCAAUCUGUAACUGA